AUGAGUGAAAAUGAUAAAAACAAAGAAGUUCUAAUGAACCGUUCUCAUGUAUCGAAGAAAUAUUUAUCUAAAAAUGAAAAAGAUACUGAUUUGGCUUUUCAUAUUGAUUAUGAAACACUCUUAAAAAAUUGCAAACAUAAAGAAAAAUAUAUUGAUUUAAAUUUAGAAAUUAAUUAUAAUUUAGAGGAAAUUAUGGAAAAUAAAGAUAAUAUAAAAAAAUGUAUACAUGUGCAUGAUAUAAUAGACGAUGAAAAUUUAUAUAGAAAAAAAUCAAAUGAAGAUAACAUAAAAAAUAAUAAAUAUUAUUACGAUAAUAACUUAUAUUUUGAUAUAAAUAAUAAAAUUUCUCCAUUAUAUUAUGAGAGAGAAAAAGAAAACAAAGACACAACAAAUAAAAACUUGCAUUAUGAAAAUAAUUAUAAUGAUGAAAAUAGCUCAUCAUAUUCAAAUGAUUCAUACUGCUCAGAUAUUACUGUAAAUUCUUCAGAAGAAAAGAAAAAAUCUAUGAAUUUUUCUCAAAGAAUUACAUACGAUAAUAAUGAAUUAAUACAUAAUUUAAAUUUAUAUAAUAAAAUAAUAAACUACAAUAUUCAUAAUAAAAAAUAUGAAGAAAGUAGUAACAAUUUCUCUCAAAUGAAUAAACAAAAAAUAGAAAAUCUUGAUUGUUAUAAUUCUUUUUUCAUUAAGAAAAGUAAUAAUGAAAAGCAUUCAUGCCACCGUGAAAAACAAAAGAAAAUUUAUUCUCAUGAUUUUUGCCAUAAUACAAUCAACAAAAAAGAGAUGAAUAGUAGUUUUUAUUUGCCAAAUGAAUCCAAAUAUACUUUUAAUGAAAAUAAUGUAGAUAAUUCCCCAACAAAUCUUAAAUUUUUUAAAAGUAGCAAAAGCUUAAAUAGCAUAAAAAUGGAAGAAGAAAUAUUAAAUAAAUAUGAAAAAAUAUUAAAAGUUAUAAAAUAUUUAAGAAAAAUUAAAACGAAAUAUCCUGAAAUUGAAACUAUUGUUUCUAUUUUAUCUAAUCAUAUUAAAAAUAUUACAUUCAAGUGCGAGAAAAUGUUUGAUACAAGAUCUCAAUUAAAUGAUUUCUUAAAAAAAAUAUACAUUUAUCAAAUUUUUCUAUUAAAAAAAGUUGUUUUUAAAGAUCAAAAUAUUGUAAAAAAUAAUGACUCCAGUAAAUAUCAUAGAAAUAAUGCACCAAGAAAUAGAAUACGCUUUAUUUCAACAGAUCAGCAAAAUUUAAGAGAUUAUUCAAUAGUUCUAGAAGAUAGUAAUAAAAAUAUUUAUUCUAUGUUGCAUCAUUUAGAUAAAAAUGGAUCAUUCAACAUACAAAAUAAAAAUAUAUUUGAAUAUAUAAAAACACAUGAUGAUAAAAAAUUAGAUAAAAAAGACGGAAUAUAUAGAAAAAGAUAUGAAAAUAACUAUAAGGGAGAAUAUGAGGAUCAUGAACAUGAAGUAUUAGAAAGCAAAAAGGAAAAAUUGAUUAAUAGAGGAGAUGAAGAAGAAAUGAAAGAUUAUAUCUAUAGUGAAUAUAAAAAAAGUACGAAUAUAUACAAUGAAUGUCAAAUAGAAGAUGAAAAUGCAAAAAAUAUAUAUGAAGAUGUAAUUAAAGUCAAUACGAAUAAAUACAAAUAUAAAAAUAUAUACAACAAUCAUGAGAUAGAUCAAAAAGAAAAGGAAAAAGAAAAAGGGUAUUAUCAUGAUUGCUUUAUGAAAGAUAAAUAUAAUGAAGAUAAUAAAUAUAUAUAUGAAAUUGAAGAAAAUACAAAAGACAAAAAAAAAAAAGUUAAAAAGAAAAAUGAAAAUAUUUUAGACGUUGAUCAUGUGUUAAAUAAAGUAAUUAUUCAGCAAAAAACUGAAAAUUUUACGAAAUUGAAUGAAAAAGAUGCAUCACAUACAAAGACAUUAUUUGAAAAAUUAGAGCAAAGUAAUGAAAAUUGUGAAAAUAAAAAGAAUUUCAUAAAUAUAAAUUCUAAUGAAUAUGAAUCAAAUAACCCUGAAAUAAAGGAUCUUUACAAAAAUAGAAAUGGAAAAUUUUUUAAACAUUCAGCUUAUAAAGAAAGAGAUAAGUUGAAUUUAAAUGCACUUAAUUUAGAAAACAACAAUCCUUCUUUUAUAAAUAGAUCUAGUAAUGAAAAAGAUAAAAAAAAAAGUAUUGAUAAAGAAGAAAAAAAAACACAUAUAUUAUAUUAUGACAUAAAUAAAGAAUUAACCGCUAUUUCCAAUCGAGAAUCUGUUAUACAUGCAUUAAAAUAUACUCUUUUAGAUAAACCCAAAAAUUUUACAGUUCUACAAAACUUCUUAUUUAAAAUAGAUGUUGAGCUAGUAGAAUAUAAAAAUUUUAUUUUGUUGAUAGCUAAGGAUAUAAGGGAGCCACAUUUAGAAGCUUUGUAUGGAUUAAAUGAUUUUUCUGUAUUUGAAAAGGUAUAUGGAAAAAAGGUAGCUCCCCGUUUUUUAGUUUCAAGCAAAGUUAAAAUUUUUUAUAAAUAUGAUAAAUUUUAUAAAAGAUUUAAAGAACUUACAAAUGUAAGAGACUUCAGUGGCAUAACAGAUGCUGUACAAUUGAUUUAA